CGUGUCGAGCGAGCUCGGCGCGCCGUGUGCUCCAGGGACGUUGUUACGUCUGUCGCUGCGCCGUGCCCUCGCGUGCUCCGUGUCGCCCCUCCGGCCCGUUCAUACCGGCCGCCCCCUCGCCCCCCUCUAGCGAUAUGUGCGGCUCACGUUGGUUCUCUAGUGUCUGUGACUAGUACUAGUGCUGUGUGGUGAUUCAAACGAAAAAGAAAAAAAAAUAUUGUCGUCAAAUCACUCUUGGUAUUUUAUUUCCUCGAUUUUUUCGCUACCCCCUUGCGUAGAAGGGGACGAUUUUUUCGUCUUUUCUGAAGUAGUCGUGUAAAAAAGAAAUAAAAAACUCAUCGUCUGUAAGAUUUCGACUUGCAUCGUCUUCGACGACUUUUGGCUGUUGCUGCGCUGCGCUACCCCCUUCCGUAGUCACCAUGGAGACGGAAGAAAUCACCAAACUUGUGGAUGGCAUAUAUAAGGCCCUGCUUGAAUGGCGCCAGGGGCAGCAAUGGGUGCUUCACGAGGCACGUGACGUGCCGGGGGCAGUGGGCGACACGCGCCGAAUAGGUGUCCUUCCUCCCCUCUCCCGCUACCCCGCCCGCAUCCAUGCCAUCGCCCACGCGUCGACGCGCCCCGCCGCCCGCCCGCGGGCGCUCGUGCGCGGCGCUCCCUCCAUCGCCCAUCGCCCGCGCCCUUCGCCCCACGCCACCGCGGAAGCCCAGUUCCGGCGCAGAUGCGUUCGUCUUGAAAGCACACGCCUGGUGAAAGUGUCCUGGGAUGAAACAGGCCUCUUUCAGGUGAGACCGAAGUGCCCGCUUGUCUCAGAGCAACGUGCCAUGCGAUGA